CAUUUACAGCCACUCACAGCAGGUGAGGCAGAUAGGAAUCGGUAAGGUAGGAAAAUAUGUGAUGGCAGAUAAGGUAGGUAGGGAGAGAAAGAGAGAGAGCGAGAAAUGAUGGUAAGGAAGAAACGGGAAAAUCAAAACUAGGCAGAUCUACAAAUGUCGAAAGACUGAUAAAGAAAGGUAAUGGAUAAUUUCGUGGGUAGUAAUGUGAAAAAAUACAACAGGAAGACGCGACAAGAGAAGAAGAUGCCACAAGGGUGAAUGUGGAGAACAAUGCAGAGAUAAUGGGAAUGUUAAGGGCGCUUGUGGACCAAGUUAAGAGCAGCAAUGAAGAGACGAGAAGAGCUCUAGCAAAAACAGAGAAAAUAAAGGAGUUAAGGAGUUUCCCUUGAAAAAAUAAAGGGUGCAGCGGAGCAAAAGAAGAUAGAGUGGAAAGAAGACAAGAAAUUGAUAGAGGAGGGAGUCGAGAGAAUAGAGAGAAAAAUUUAAUCCAAUGUAAGAGGAGAAGGCAACAUGUGAGAGCAAAGAGAGGAUGAUUUCGAGAGGCUGAGAGAGGUCUAGAACUAUACGAGAGAAGAGAGAGAAAAAAUAACGUGGUGAUUAAAGGCAUGGAGUAAGGUGAAAUAAAAACGAAAAAACAAGUUGAGCAACUGUUUACUGGAAAAUUAGAUACGAAAUGCAAGGUGAACUGGAUAAAGGAGACAGGAAGAGAAGGGCGGAAACUCGUGAUCGUUCGCUGCAAUAGCUAGGAAGAGAAGCGAGAAGUUAUGAAGAACAAAAGUAAGCUGAGAGGGACUAGCCUUUUUAUCGAAAAUGAUCUCACAUGGGAAGAAAGAGGUUAUCAGAGAAAAUUCAGAUAUGCAGCAACAGCCGAAAAGAAAAAAGGUAGAAAGGUUAAAAUUCGAUUUCGGAAGAUUGAAGUAGAUGGCAAAUAGCUUGACUGGGAAUCGUGGAGGAGCUGGGCGAAUGAAGGGAAUAUUCGUCUGCAGCGCCAUCAACAAAAUUUUCUAUAAGCAGUCAAACCGCGCGACAGGAGAAAGUAACAGGAAAUAUUGAUAUAAUAAAGAGAAGGAAACCAUUGUUUUGGAAUGUCGCAAGGUUGACUGGGAAGGAUUUGGACUUUUUGGGAUGCGUACGUGAAUUCGACUUUAUUGGCUUAGUGGAAACCUGGCUAGAAGAAAACAGCUGGAAGAAGUGACUACCAAAGGGAUACUUAUGAAAGUAUCAGCAUGCGAAGAGAGAGUGGAAGAAAGGAAGGGCGAAAGGAGGAGUUUUGACAGGAGUAAAAAAAAAGUACGAAGCUGACAAGGACAUGGUGAAAACAGAAGGCGUAGUAGGACGAACACUAAAGAUGGACGACGAAGAAUGGAGGAUCUGGAUGGUAUACAGGAAUGAAGACAUGGGGAAAACAGCGCGGAAGAUUAAAGAACUUGUAAAAAAAGAGGAAGAAGAGGAGGAAGGUAGAUUAAUCAUCGGCGGGGAUUUCAACGCUAGAAUAGGCAGAGAAGGAUAUUUGUAUGACCAGGAAACUUCAGAGAAAGACGGGGAGAGCGCAUUGGAUAGAAAAUCGAAGGAUGUAAUAAAAAAUGCAGGAGACAUCCUGCUGCAACUUGUAGAGGAUAGAGGCUGGCAUUUCACAAACGGAAAUAUGCCGAGGGAUGAAGAUGGAGAGUACACCUACGUAGGAAGCAGACGAGCAACAGUUAUUAGCUACGCCUUGUUGAAUACGGAAAGUCGUUCAGUUGCCAAAAAAUGUAUGGUAGAACAUAGAGUGGAGUCGAACCACCAGCCGUUAUGCCUCAAUUGGAAAAGUAAAGUACAGGAAGAAACGAAAGAGAAAGAAGGACAAAGAAAAUCAGUUAUCAAGUAUGAAAAGGAAAGCAUACAAUUUUUUAAGGAAGAAUCUGAAAGGAUCGUAUAUGUAGAAAAUAAUAUCCAGGCAGCAUGGGAAGAGUUAGAAAAUAAAAUGAAAAAGUGUCUGGACAUAAGAGAGAUAACGCUGAAAGAAAAAGAAAUCGACAGUUCGGGUUGGUGGGACCGCCAAUGUAGAUCGGAGAAAAGAAAGGUAAGGAAGAACUACAGAAGAUGGAAAAUGGGAAAAGCGUCAAAAGAAGAAUACCUUGAGAAGAAAAAAGCUUUGCAUAGAGCAAAGAGAGAAAAAGAAAGAAAAGGAGUUAGAGGAAAUCAAGAAUGUCAGAAACGAAAGUUAACUGUGGCAAUACAUUAA